AUGUACGCCUCGAGUACAGGAGGAAGAUACAGAAAAGGAGAAGAUUGACCGUAGAUAUACUUGUUGCUUUCUCCUAUACAUACUAGACUCCCAAUUAUUUCACCACAUAAUCAAAUCGCUGUCAUUUCUUAUGGAUGAUGAAAGAUGGAAGUCAUGGAAGUAAAGGAUAAAACUAGAUAUUUUAUUGCCAAGUGUGCAAAUAUAAAAUCACUACAGACUUGUAUUAACAAUAGCAGAUGGGCCUGUAGAGACAGAGUUAACUCCCAUAUUCAGCCUAAAGAAAUAUUGUCAUCAGCAUUUCUAACUUCAAAUGUUAUAAUAAUAUUCAGUGUUAAUAAUUGCCAUGGUUGGCAUGGAUAUGUAGAGAUGCAGUCUGAACCAAAGAUGGAUGCAAAUAGUGAUAAAGAAUUUGAUGAGGAGAAAUCAGAUGAUGUCACUGACGAUAAAGAAAUGCUAAAUACUGAUAAUUCUAAAAAGGAUGAUGACCAUGAUGACCCAUCACCAUGGUUUUACUUCAAUUUGAAAUGGAUGACCGAAUAUUCAUCUCAAUUUGGAGAACAAUGUCUUCCAUUCCAAAAAACAGCAAGCUUUUACUGUAUCGACAAAACACCUCUAAAUAAAGCCAGGAAUUGGCAUGAAAUUGAUAAGGAAACUGGCCAAGAACUUUGUAAACAAAUGGAGGAAUAUUAUAAAAAGUUAAGAAUAAAACAGGAAGAAAAAGUAAAACUACAUGAAAGCAGACUCCCACCACCCUUCAUGAAACCUGCAAGUAAUAUUGAAAACUUUAUGGAAAAUUGGUCACAGUUGGUUAAGAAGGUUGAGAAUGAAUUAGGAACAGUUUUAUUGGCAUGUCCCUUUGGAAGUCAGAGGUACAACUUAGAUACACAGAAAAGUGAUAUGGACAUGUUUGUUAUAUACCAAGCUGAUACAAAGUCAUUACUGGGGUUUGAUAAACAACCUCCUCAAACUGUUAAGAGUAGUGAGAGAGAGGCUUUAGACUAUACAGUACAUGAAGUUUACAGAUAUGGAGAGUUACUAUUAGCAGGAGACCAUAGAUGUGUAGAGACUUUAUUUUUACAAGAAUCAUCAUACAUAGCUUCUUCUGACUCAUUCAAACAACUUUUAUCCAAAAGGAAUUUAUUUUUAAACAGUUUAUGUCUAGAUAAAUAUUUAAGAGAUGCUUUAGGAAAUAAAGGACUAAAAUUGUUUGAGAAAUGGACUAAAGAUAAACCAUAUGAUCUUCAGAUGACAGAAAGAGAAUCAAAAUUGGGAUACAUAAUUAUUCGUCUCUUACAGAAUGCAAAGAAUGUUGUUGACAAAGAAGAUCUUCAAGUGUUCAGACUUAAGGAAUCUCCAGAGAGGAAUCUAUUAAUGUCACUGAAGUCAAUGGAAAAUAAACCACAAAUACAAUUUGUUCUGGAUGAAAUUAAUAGGUUAAAGAAUUACAUAGAUGAAAAUAAAGACAAUGUUCCUGAAGCAUCAGAAGAUUUAAAGUUGUUUAUGAAUGAUUGGAUAUUGACUCUUAGAAAAAAGAGAUUUAUAUGAAUGUACUGUAACAUGUUUGAUGAAAGAAAAAGUUGUGAUAUAGAUUUGUGAUAGGAAUUCUUAUCAUGGGGUCAUCCAUAAUUCUCUCUCAUAUAUUUAAUAAUAUAUUAAGUGAAAAAUAUUACUGUAGUUGAAAGUUGCUGCCAUUGAUUGUAGAUUUGAGUCAAAAAUAAAGUUAUACUUAUAUAUAUACUUGCCAACAAAUUAAUGCUUUAAAACUGAAAAUUAUUCCAUUACUUUGACAAUUGAAAUUUCGAUUAUAUGGCAAUAAAACUACUAUUUUAGAAUUGCUUUUGUAUUAUAUUUGUUUAAAUGUAUUAAACAAACCUUGGUUUCACCAUGUUUUUGUGAAGACUCACUCACUCCUU